AUGGCCGUCAUGGACCACAGCAGCGUCAACUCAGCGUUGCAGACUCACAAGCAGAUGCGUUGGUUACAUCGGGAGCCACAAGAUGAAUAUACUCUAAACUCCCCAUCAAUGUGUCCAACGUAUGAACUACAGGUGGAACUGGACCAGAUGAGUGCUGGGCUGGAGCAGCUGCAUCUCCACCAGCUGGAGCUGGAGGCUAAGCUGGAGGCGCUGCGUCAGCAGGGCAGUCAGCUGGACCAGCUCCUGGCGACGCUGCAAACGGCCGUCCUGGCCGCGUCCAGUGCAAUUUCCAGCAGAGAUGUUCACGUGGAGCAAUCCUGAAGAAAUUCAUGGGUCGAUUUUACGUUAUUUCAACAGCAAACACACGACUCGGCUGUUGAAAUUGCGCGGUGAAAGUGAAAAAAAAU